GCAAUAGGCGUGAUUCCCUAGCCUCGUCAAUCUCCACACACUUGACCAGCAGCGUGGGGCAGGUGUCUCGAGACAGGUCGUUCACCAACACCUGAGGAGUGAGGAAGAAGAUGUGCCUGGACCUCCAUAGUGCCCACCUCUGCAGUGACUGAGCACUCCGUGGUGGACAAGGAAUGGAAAUGUCAGAGAAGACCCUGUUCAAACAUGUCUUAUAUCCUUACCUCGGCCCUGUUCAAACAUGUCUUAUAUCCUUACCUUGGCCCUGUUCAAACACUUAAGAUACAUGUGUUGCAAUUUACCUGUCAACUCAGCCUAGUUUUAUAGACUAGACAUAACAUAGUAAACGUAAAUUCGGGACACUCAAAUUAGUAUAUGUUACCUUUGCUGAGGAGCUGUCAAGGCUUGGGAAGUCAUUGUAAUAUGUUGUUCUACUUGAGGUUGUCCCUGUGAUGCUAUUAGUGUUCUCAAUAUUUGGUAUAUGUUGUUGUCCAUAGCUUACUUAUCAGCCUCAUAAACAGGAACUACCAUUACAACAUAAUGAUCUUCAUCAGCAGCAGCUUCCUCAAUAUGUCUCAGCUCACUGUCAGCUGUGGAGCCCUGACCAAAUUCACCCCGCAGUGAGUUACGGUGCAUAGGGGGUGGCAAAGUUAUGUAAUUCACCCUCUGACUCUUGCCUGUGAAUGCUGCGCUGCGGUUUGAGGUUGUUUUUCGCCAGCCCAACAAACUUACAUUAUUCGUUUUUGACUAACCUUUUGCGGUACUAAUGCACCCCAAGUCAUUUGGUUUGUACCACUCAUUUUCACUUGUGGUAUUGAUUUCUAGCAAGAAGACGUGCGGUGGCAUUACGAAAAUUGUAAACGAUUAAAUAUAUAAAUAAGUACUUCCGUGGUCGCAGGUAGGCCUGAUAAUGGCUUUAAAUAGUUUAUGAAAAACAUUUAGGUUUUCAUGUCUUGCUAAUACAGACGCAUUUCCAACUUUUAAUAGUUUUUACAAAUUUCACUAGGGACUUUUGUUUUUCAGUAAAUGUGGGCUGGGACAAUAGAAAAGAAAGAAAAAGUUGGUUCAUUUCCCGCAAAUGUUGCUAUGUUACCAUGGCAAUGAAGGGACUCAAAUGGCAAACGUUGACGUUCACACGUUUUCAGCAGGAUGGCACAUCUUCACCAAAAAAAACAAGUGAAAGAGGCACCAGACAGGAGAAGCCAGGAGCAGUCUGGGUUUAGAUGUGAGCUAUAAUACAGCCAUUUUCAGAAAGUACCUGUCACUGAAAGAGAGACUGAAUAUUUCCUAAUUGCAGAAGACCAAGGAGAGGCUUUUGCUCUAAACUGGACAUUCAUUUCUCAUACUGACUUUUUCCCUGUUUGGAUAAAUCCCUUUACUUUGUUUGAAAUUAUGUAAUUGAGUUAAGAACGUACCAUAAGUGUAGUCCACAGCUAGUUUGAAAUGGAGCUGAUGAAGCUAUCCAAUUAGUAGGGGAGAGUGGGGUAAGUUGAACCAAAGCCACCCCUGUUUCUAGGAAACCAUACACAGUAUUAAUCAUGUAACCAAAUAUUUAGAAAGAGGUCAUAAUUUCAUGGAGUCUGUGAAGGAAGAAACCACAUGGAAAAAGUGGUAAGUAAUUUAGACCGAUUUUCACCAGAUUUUCACCAAGUCAAAUUAAUUGAUUGAAUUAUAGGUUUCAUGAUGCAUUCAUCGAAACCAAAGUAGAUAAUUUAAAAAUAGUUUUGUACAUCAGUUGGGUUCUCUAUAAGCUACAAUAAAAGGUCCUAAAACUAGAAUGAACGAGCAUCCUUGUAGCUGUGUGGGCUAAUAUAGUCAAAAUGUUUGUCCUUGAGUAAGUUGAGACAAUGGCCACCAUACCCCAUACAAAUUAUGAUUUCAUUUUGUCAGUUUAUGCAUAACAUGUAUAGUAUUUUUGCAAUGUGUCAUGCAUAUGAACUACAGAUUUUUAUUGUUACAGAGCAGACAUCAUCGUGUCCCAUGUAUACAAACAUAAAACAAGCCGGGUUCUAGCCCUUCUUGAGGUUCUUGAGAGAGAAGCCAAGGAAGUGAGAGAAGGGAAGAAGUCCAUUCGAGCAGCAGCAAGGGAUGUAUAAAUUGACAGAAUGACACUGAAGAGGGACAUUAACGAAAAAGAAAACAAAAAUGUAUCUGUGUGGAAGAGUGGCUAUGACAGAGUAGCAGAGGAACACAAGGUCUCAUCUGAUGAAAUGGAGUCUGAGCUUGAUAAACAUAUAAAGAAUCUCGCGGACCAGUUGCUUACGAAUUAGCACAGCGAAACAACAUCCCUGUCCCGAACAACUGGUUAAGAGCUGGAAGGGUAAGUGAUAUUGAACAGAGAGAUCUAUAUCUGAAUGUAAGCAUGCAUUUAAGAUAUACAAUACACCACACCCCAUUUCAUGAAUUAAACUUUGACCCACCUUCAGCAUCACCCACUGUCACAGGACACCAUCACCCAUUUACCACAAGGCAUAUCAACUUACCCUGUCCCUUUGCUCAAUUUACCCCGUAGAUUAUACCAAGAGACCACAUUUUUUGCACAAGCUAUGUUUUCAAAACUGUUAUGUUUACAUAUUUCCAGGGAUACACAACAUCCUGAAAUGUAUGUAGAUAUCUUUGGUACAUAUUUCCCUUGAGGUAGUGAUGCUGAAUGUAAAAAAAAAAACGUCUCAACAUACCCCACUCUCCCCUACCUUUUGUAUAUCUCAAACAGUCAGUAUGUUGUCCAGGAGGGCAGCCACAUGUGUUUCGAAGCAGAGAAUCACUGAUUUGAGGCUGGUAUGGGGCAGUUGGGGAGUAGAGGAAAUGAAUCUGUUAGCAGCACACUGAACCCCGUUACAGUGGUGCCUGUGGCCCGGAUCGGCAGCUGGGCUCAGCUCAACGGCCGGGGUAGCGAGUUUAGAAGGGGUGAGUGUAAUAGAGUUAAUAUGAACUUACCGUAAGCUCACUCCACAUCUAGUUUGAAAUGUUGCCGAUGUAGCUAUGCAAUUGGUACCUUUUGUUUAGCUCAAACGGUUGGUACGUUGUCAAAUACACUUGUCAAAUACACACUGUCAAAUUAAAUAUCAAUUUAAUAAUGUUUAUUUUUGUAAGUAUCCAUUGACUAAAUUUGCUGGUUUUACUACUAAUACUGUUGUUACUACCGUUGCUACAGUACAUGUGAUGUUCCUUUACGUCACUACAAUUGUUGUCUGCAUAACUGCAUUUAACCAUGAUAAUCUUGUUUUCAAAGAAGUUAUGGGAAAGAUUCAAGGGAACUCCCUGCCAUAGCCAGUUUAUCUCAGGUGAUUCACACAAAUGUUUCACAUUGAGAGCACACACUCAACACAAUCAUUAAAACAAGUUCAUAUUAUAGUAUGCAACAUACUGGUCCUGUCUAUGUGGGUAUCAAAAUAAACACAAAAGCUUCAUGUGCUUUCCUGACAGCCCAUACAAGGUCAAGGGAGACUGUUUGAAAUGGAUGUAUGGAAAUGGUAUUCCUAGACCUUCUUGUCCCCUCCCAGAGCAUUAACUUCUAUCGUAGAAGGGUUAUCCCUGAGAUUUUACUGUAAAUACUACAGAACUAGCAGCCAUUAGGCUACACAUGUUGUGAAUUCAACAGGUUUUCGAAUAGUUUUUAAAAAAUAUAUAAAGAUGAGUUUUAUGGUUUGUCUUAUUUAUUCAGCGUACUACACUUGCAUCCUCUGUCUCUCUUUUGUUGUCGUUCGUUGCUGCUAAUGGUUUAGCCCACAAAGCCAGUCAUUGCUGGCUCUGCUGCCAUGGCUACCAGGAAAUACUCUCGGCCGCCAGAGAGUAGUGUGUGUGUGUGAGAGAGAGGGAGAGAGAGAGAACGUGACAGUCCAGAGCUGUGAGAGACCACCAAACAGAACACAACAACAGAUUAAUUAGAACAGGUUUGAGUGGUAGUGGUAGUACCCAGAGCAGACAGGGACUGGAGACGGCAGACAGGGACCAGAGACGGCAGACAGGGACCAGAGACGGCAGACAGAGUAUCUGGAAAAAUGGCUUCCUGUGGGUCAGCAACCCUCCUCCUGCCUCCGGUCAAGAGUGUGAUGGUCUACAGGAACGGGGACCCCUUCUACUCCGGCAGGAGGUUUGUAGUCAACCAUCGACAGGUGUCCACCAUGGAGGCAUUUCUCAAUGACGUGACCCACUGCAUUCAGGCGCCGCUGGCCGUGAGGACCCUGUACACCCCCCGGCAGGGUCACCGGGUCAGGGAGCUGCAUGACCUCCAGACCGGGGCCCAGUACGUGGCUGCAGGCUUCGAGAGGUUCAAGAAGCUUGAUUAUUUGAAGUCAGGGCUGAAGAAGCAGCCUGUACCCAUGGGAGAAGGAGCUCGGGCAAGAUUACUUCACAGACCGAAUGUGUCAGCAAAAUGGAGAAAGUAUAUUCCACUACCCUGUAUCAUACAUGUUUUCCGCAACGAAGAUCUUCGCUGCUCGCCAUUCCGUUUCAUAAUUCCCAGGACCUGGCAGCACGACCUGGAUCAGAUCCUCGGUCUAGUCACAGAGAAGGCCAGUUUACGCACUGGAGCAGUGCGCAGAUUGUGCACUCUAGAGGGUGUAACUGUGUCCAGUGCAGACGAGCUGGUGAGUGGCCAGUUCUACGUGGCAGUGGGAGCAGAGAGGUUCAAGAAGCUUCCCUACGUGGAGCUGUUGGUUCCUAAAGCCUCUGAGAGAAAUUACCCUGGAAAUAGAAGGCUGUCAAGGAGAUAUAAGGGCAGGAAGGCAGCCAGUGGCCCUGAGGACAGCUUCAGUGACUCUGCUCUCCUGGACUCUCCAGAGUCGGAUGGGCGGAGGGUGAAGUCCACUGGGGAUGAGGUGGGGGAGACGGCUCUCCCAUCCAUCCAGAGGAGGCCAGUGAAGGAGGAGAGCUCUAUCUUCUACGCCAAACCAGUGAAAGUCCGAGUGAGGAACAGAGGCCACCCCAGGCCUCCACCAAGGACUGGACCAGCCCAGGCCAGUGUGUUCAGAGCUGUACGGAGGAAGAGAGAGGAGGUGCAGGGGGCUGAGGAGGUGCUGGAGGAUGAGAACACAGUAGUAGAUGUUCCCGUUGACCAGAGAGUGGCAGAGACAGUAGAAGACGAGGACCUUAUUGGGAGAAAUCCUCCUCAUUCCAACAGCCAAGAUCAGAUUUUGACCAAGGCUACAAAAGAUCCCCUUCCUCACCCAGAACACCCAGACAAGUUGGAAUCAUUGACUGAGAAAGACAGGAACUCACCUGAAAAUAUCAGCUCUUCAAUCUGCAAAGAGGAUGACAUCGAUGGGAGCCCUACGCUUGAUACAGAAAUGCCACAGGCAAACACAUCCCUGGAGCAUGAGAUAAACUCCACCGCAGAUCCAUCUGUCCACAAACAAGAAGGCGCUGCCUUAGAGAGUUGUGUGUCUGCUACUGAUGCACCAGAGGAGCCGAAGACGGAGCCAAAGCCAACCACUCCACACUCAAGGGCUUCUUCGUCAUCGACAUCCUCCGCAUCUCAAAGUUCUCCGAAAAGCGGGGGUAUCCAAGGAAACAGUUCAAGUAUUUGAUCAGGCUCGAUUGAAUAGGCUCAGUGAUGGGGCUCACUAUGCAGAGAGUGAUGCCUACCAUGGUGAGGACCAUUCCUCCAACAGCUCCUGCAUCAACAAACAAACACACACACACACGGCAUGUGAAAAAUAUGAUGACCAAAACAACAAAAUAACCAAUCAUUCUCAAUGCAAUGUGUACUAAAGCUAAACAAACUGCCCAGAGAGCGACAGCAAUGUUGUGUCAUAAUGUUUGGAAAGUGGUGACAUUAUAACAACAUUUCCCUCCACCUCCUCCCCGCUUCCCAGUGAGCAGGAUGAACAGGAAGGAGAGGGAGUUGGCCACAGACACAACCAGAGCCAGAUCUGUAUGAGGGGAGGAGGAGGAGGAGGAGGAGGAGGAGGAGAAAGAAAAGGGUGAGGAAGAGGAGAGAUGAACACUGAACCAUUACAGCAGAGCUAGAACACGCCCCUGGGCGAAGUUUCCCCAGAUCUAGGAUCAGCUUCCCUCCCCCAAUCCUAACCGUUAGUGGGGGAAAGGCAAUAGCGACCCAAGAUCAGCAUCUAAGGGCAACUUCACCCUACACCCCAGAACACAGGGUAAAUGACAUCAAUAGGGCUGUCUCAUGACGUGGCCCUCUGGGUAUAGCGAGUGCCUUCCCCCACUCUCUCCCUCUUACACCCAGGCUCUGUUAUCUCAGGUCGUAAAUUCCUAGAGGAGACUCUCAGGGCCAGGCAGUAAAGCAAGCAGAAAGAGACACAUAGAGAGAACAAGGGAACUUCUUCUACGUCACUCAGUCCCUUUGUCUACCAAGCCGCUAUUUGGGUUUAGCCCACUAGGGCACAUCCCCUAUCAUUUCCUUGUAAUCAUAUCUACUGUUUGUUUGUUAUGCAUUUCUGUGAUUAUUUAGUUAGUUAGUAAAUGAAUCAUUAAGACAAUUGAUGUAUGGAUGAUUCAUAGUGAAGGCUGGGUUCGUGCAGAUAACCAACAACUUACGACAUUUGGAAUGAGACUAACGUGAGGUAAAGAACAAUUAAUUAAUUAGAAGACUAAUGGAUCAGAUUUAAAAAUAUCUGAAAAGUUAUAUUAGGAAAAUUAUAACUUUGUAAUCUGAAGAUUUUCCUUGGUGCCCCGACUUCCUAGUUAAUUACAUUUACAUGAUUAGUUUAAUCACGUAAUAAUAAUUACAGAGAAUUGAUUUGAUAAAAUAACAGUCUUCAAUUUAAUGAUGCCAAAUACCCGACAGCUGUCAAUCAUGUGAUUUUGAGAUCAAAGAAACCUAGAGGAUGACAUUAUGAGCAGUCGAUGUGUAAAACAGUCAUACUGUAGUUCAACUUGUCAUAUUAGUUAGAUGUAGCUCACCUGUGGUGGUAAGAGUGAAGUAGUACACUAAGGAUCCACUCUGAUUCAGUAGGAAUGCAAUCAGGUACAGCAAAUGUAAAGGGACAUGUUGUUAUAGGCUGCAUCUGCUACAAAGAACAGGAUAAGCAUGGAAUAUGAGAUCUUCAAUUAACAAGUACAUACACUGCAUUCGGAAAGUAUUCAGACCCGUUCCUUUUUCCACAUUUUGUUACCUUACAGCCUUAUUCUUAAAUGGAUUAAAUAAAAUAAUUUCCUCAUCAAUCUACACACAAUACCCCCUAAUGACAAAGCAAAAAUAGUUUUUUAGACAUUUUGGAAAAUGUAUACAAAAUAAAUAAACAGAAAUAUCUUAUUUAAAUAAUUAUUCAGACCCUUUGCUAUGAGACUUUAGCUCAGGUGAAUCCUGUUUCCAUUGAUCAUCCUUGAGAUGUUUCUACAACUUGAUUGGAGUCCACCUGUGGUAAAUUCAAUUGAUUGAACAUGAUUUGGAAAGGCACACACCUGUCUAUAUAAGGUCCCACAGUUGACAGUGCAUGUCAGAGCAAAAACCAAGCCAUGAGGUCGAAGGAAUUGUCCGUAGAGCUCCGAGACAGGAUUGUGUCGAGGCACAGCUCUGGGGAAGGGUAGUAAAACAUUUCUGCAGCAUUGAAGGUCCCCAAGAAGACAGUGGCUUCCUUCAUUCUUAAAUGGAAGAAGUUUGGAACCACCAAGACUCUUCCUAGCCGGCCAAACUGAGCAAUCGCGGGAGAAGGGCCUUGGUCAGGGAGGUGACCAAGAACCCGAUGGUCACUCUGACAGAGCUCCAGAGUUCCUCUGUGGAGAUGUGAGAACCUUCCAGAAGGACAACCAUCUCUGCAGCACUCCACCAAUCAGGCCUUUAUAGUAGUGGCCAGACGGAAGCCACUCCUCAGUAAAGGGCACAUAACAGCCCGUUUGGAGUUAGCCAAAAGGCACCUAAAGGACUCUUAGACCUUGAGAAACAAGAUUCUCUGGUCUGAUGAAACCAGCAUUGAACUCUUUGACCUGAAUGCCAAGCAUCACGUCUGGAGGAAACCUGGCACAAUCCCUACGGUGAAGCAUGAUGGUGGCAGCAUCAUGCUGUGGGGGUGUAUUUCAGCCGCAAGGACUGGGUUACUAGUCAGGAUCCGGGGAAAGAUGAAUGGAGCAAAGUUUAGAGAGAUCCUUGAUGAGGGAGUGCUCCUUGCUGCAGAGUGCUCAAGACCUCAGACUAGGGCGAAGGUUCACCUUCCAACAGGACAACGACCCUAAGCACCCAGUCAAGACAACGCAGGAGUGGCUUCGGGACAAGUCUCUGAAUUCUUGGGUGGCCCAGCUAGAGCCCGGACUUGUAGCCGGUCGAACAUCUCUGGAGAGACCUGAAAAUAGCUGUGCAGCAACGCUCCCCAUCCAACCUGACAGAGCUUGAAAGGAUCUGCAGAGAAGAAUGGGAGAAAGUCCCCAAAUACAGGUGUGCCAAGCUUGUAGCUCAUACCCAAUAAGACUCGAGGCUGUAAUUGCUGCCAAAGGUGCUUCAACAAAGUACUGAGUAAAGGGUCUGAAUACUUAUGUAAAUGUGAUAUUAGCUUUAUUUUUUAUAUAUAAUCAAAAAUUCCUGCAAAUUUGUUUUUGCUUUGUCAUAAUUGGGUCUUGUGUGUAGACUGAUGAGGGGGAAAAAAAUAUUUAAUCAAUUUUAGAACAAGGCUGUAAUGUAACAAAAUGUGGACAAAGUAAAGGGGUCUGAAUACUUUCCGAAUGCACUGUAGAAGAAUAAAUGAAACUGUUUUAGUCUCUCUCCAAAUACAGGUGUAAAUUUACCUUGAUGUUUAAAAACAGGAACUUGACCUCAGCCAGGAACUGAUUAAACUUAUUCUCCUUUUUAACAUGUUCAAUCCCCUCUGUGCCUCUCUUCAGAUAUGGGUUGGUGCAGCCCCAACAGCACAGCUACUGUACCAGCAGGAGGCAAAGUACCUGUCUGUCAAUAACCUGUCUGUUAACCAUCUUUCUUAACUAGCCUAAAUAUGAUUCAAACUGUUAAGUCUAUGACAAACACAAUUUCCGUUGAAAUGGGUACUCAUAUUGGACAGACAACACUGCUGGUGGUGUAAAAUGUAAAAAGAGGUGUUAAACAUUGUUACGUUCACCAGUUUCUGUGUUCUGUUUUGUAUUUGAGUGUGUGUUUCAGGAGAUGGCUUCCUGAAGUACUCCCCAACCAGCUGAUUGGUCAACCCCAGGCUAAUUGGUGAUUGGAGCUGACCUCGCCCCCUCGUCAAGAAGCAGCUGACUCUAAUCACCAUUGCCACCUGAAGAUAAAAGCCAGUGUUCUGCCCAGGAGAGAGAGAGAGAGGAGAGAGAUGAGAUAAGGAGUAGAGAUUUGGAGAUUGAGAGAGAGAAAAAUUAGAUUGUGAUAUAGUGUGGGUUGUGUAUCAGAGUGUGGGGGGAAGGAGAAGGCACUUUGGGAGUGCUUAGGCAAGAGGCCCGCGGGCAUACAUAUACCCGUAGUAUAUUUACUGUCUAGGCACACUAGGUAAGACCUGGGCGGACCACCCCCUGUAUUUUGGUUAGGGCACCAGGUGGUGCUAAGUUAAGUGGGUAGGCAGGUUAGAUAGGAGAGGGGGGAACUUUGAGAUUUACUUUCUUUGCUUUGGUUCCGUCCAGCCCCUUUUCCCCAUAUUACCGUGUAAGAAAAUAAAUCCUAGUAACGGUAAAUUCUGCUUUUGUGUCAUCCUUGCUCGCACCUACAGUCCAUACCUCUUGCACUUCAGAGAGUUGAGUUGUAGCAGGGAGUUGCGUUCCCUCUUCUCAGAGGCGUGCAUAACAAACAUGUGUCCCCACAUUCCACAUGAUAACACUAGCCUGCUUUACCUUACGUCUGUUGAACUGUUAAAAAUGUCAAGAGUUGAACAAUCAUGUAAAUAUAUCCAAAGUAUUAUAAUUUGCUUGAAAGCUAGUGUCAAUAAAAUAAAAAUUGAAU